ACUCUGAAUCUCCAUUUCUUGGUUAUGCAGGCAUGGCUCUUUACUCUGGUUAUUUUACCAGCAAAAUCAAAUGUAAUAAUGCAUUUGUCAUUGGUUGCGUACUUCGCCAUACUAUCUAUUUUGGUCCAGCCUGCACAAGUGUGGAAGGAUCAACUCGGGAGAGUCGCACUGCUGUCGGGGAUCUUAUUUAUAAUGUUGGGCCUAAGUACUGACAGUGCACCUUCCCUCAUCUCUUCAAGAGCUCCCCCACCUUCAAUGAUGGGAUUACCACCUUUUCCUGCAUCUUUGGAAGGUUAUAAAUAUGUAAUCUUGAAGCUGGGGCCAUUACAACUCACCAGAAAAGGCUUAUCAACCGCUACUACAUCAGCAUGUUUAACCUUCACUAUCUUCCAAAGUGCAAGUGUAUUCCUAUCAACCACAACACCGGAGCAGAUAGCUUUUGCCUUACGGUGGUUCAUAUCCCCUUUGGCCAACCUUGGUGUCCCUGUUGCUGAAGUUAUCCUUACUCUCCUGCUCUCCUUGAGAUUUAUCAAUCUUGUGUUUGAUGAGGUACGAAACGUUGCACUUGGUAUUGUAUCUCGUAGGAUUAAUUGGCAGCAGUUGACAACUUUGGAGACAAUAGAUGUUUUCUUCACAUAUAUUCAUCGGAUAUUCAGAAAUAUUUUAGUUCACGCAGAGCAGAUAUCUCAGGUGUGAACUUUAUAACAUGAUGUCUUAUUUUAGCAUUUAUUUAUCCAUCUGAUCCUUCUCUGUGUGUUUUGGUUCAAGUGGGUGAUAAUUUUUGUCUCUUUUUCUCUGUACUCUACAAGAGUGUCACUGUUAAAUGUUUCAUUCUGCAUUGUGAAAAAGAUGAAAGUAUAGUUGCAAAAACAAAUGUCAGUACGUGGAAAGGGACAAACUUCAUACUGACAUGUGAAACAACAUCAUGACUUGAAAUAUGGACAUCUUGUGAUGGGCUGACCAUCAGUACUAGCAACAAUUUAUUGAGGCCAACAUAUGAGUGCUUAAGAUACUUAAAAGUCCUAGAAACAGGUUUGAACUCUAUCGUGCCAUUGUUAAGAGGCUAGAAAAGGAAUAAUGUGAUUCCAAUUCAUAUUCUUAGCAAGCCCUACAGAAUCAGAUCUCUUUUAUGUCCAAUGCAUAUAAAUCUGGAGACGUGUAGAUCUAAUAUAAGAUAAAAAGCAAUAAGCCACUGAGUUUUCACUUGACUGAGUCGAUGCAAUGCUGAUGGAUGUAAGAAUAUUAGUUCACUGCAUUGUAUUAGUAACUUAAUUGUAGCAGCUUGUGGUUGUCC